GGGCUUGGGGAGAGUCUGAAUGUGUCCCACCAGCUUUGUGCGUUCCUGCCUCAUUUUAUGGAUGAAGAAACUGAAAUUCAGGGAGGUGAGGGGACCGUUCCAGCUGGGAAGUGGAGGAGCAGACUUUGAGUCUGGGGUAUCAAACAUCCCCAAGCCCCUGUCCCCUGUUUCUACACUGUAACCAUCUUUCUGAGGAGCCGCUGUGGUCCAUGGCCGGCAGAGAGGGAUGUGGCCAGUCUGAGGGAUGUGCCUGGUUCUUUGGCCUCUGGCAUGCAGUAAGUGCUCAGUGAACAGAGGCACUGAAGAACUGUGAAACCCCAGGUCUGGUAGACCUUCUGGGCGCUGCACCAGCAAAUUGGUGGCGUGGCUGAGCAGUGCAGUGGGGAGUGAGCCUGGUGCUGUCUUUCUGAGAGGGACCUGGCCUAUGGACACAACCCGCAGAUCCAUCUCAAGGCACAUGCACUGGGCCCAGGCACCCACGAGACCAUCUCCACGAACACCCUAGAACACCUAUGAUGAACCAGGAAGCCAAGGCUGCCUCCUCAUGGACCCCAUUAGUCUGCAGCUGAGCACCAAGAACCUGUGGGGCUGGCUUGUGAGGCUGCUCAGCCAAUACCCAGAAUGGCUUAACACCAAGAUGAAGUUCUUCCUCCCCAACAUGGACCUGGGCUCCAGGAACAAGGCUCCAGACCCCACACAAAUGGUCAUCCUACAGCUCAGUGAACUGCAUGCCCACGGGGUGGACACCUGGCAGGCGUUCAUCCACUGUGUGUGCAUGGAGCUGGAUGUACCACUGGACCUGGAGGUGCCCCUGCUGAGCACUUGGGGCCAUGAAGACGGGUUCCCCAGCCAGCUGGGAGCUGGUGAAGAAAGUCAACCUGAAUCUCAGGUCCCCCAUGGCCUCAAGCGACCUCAUCAGAGCUGUGGCUCCUCACCCCUCCUGAAGCAAGGCAAGAAGCAGCAGCUAGAGUUGGCCAAGAGGUACCUGCAGCUGCUGAGGACUUCUGCCCGGCAGCGCUAUGGCAAGAGGACCCCUGGGCCAGGGAAGCCGCUUGCUUUCCCCCAGGCCUACGUCCCUCCAAUCCUGCAGUGGAGCCGGGCCACAGUGCCCUUCGACUCUCAGGAAGAAGAUGGCACUGACACGAGCAUCCAGGACCUCUUCAACUUUAGAGUCAACAAGUCCCCAAGGGUGACAGUGCUCCUGGGGAAGGCGGGCAUGGGCAAGACCACACUGGCCCACCGGCUCUGCCAGAAGUGGGCUGAUGGCCAGCUGGACCGCUUUCAGGCCCUGUUCCUUUUUGAAUUCCGCCAGCUCAAUUUGAUCACAAGUUUACUGACACUACCUCAGCUCCUCUUUGAUCUGUACCUGAGCCCCGAGGCAGGCCCUGAUGCUGUCCUCCAGUACCUGAAGGAGAAUGCUAACGGAGUCCUGCUGAUCUUUGAUGGGCUGGACGAGGUCCUCCACCCCUGUUCCAGCAGGGAGACUGCAGGUCCUGAGGACUCAGGUCCAGUCCUCACCCUCUUCUCUGACCUCUGCCAUGGGACCCUUCUGCCUGGCUGCUGGGUAAUGACCACCUCCCGUCCAGGGAAGCUGCCUGCCUGCCUGCCUACAGAGGCAGCCACGGUCCACAUGUGGGGCUUUGAUGGGCCACGGGUGGAGGAGUACGUGGGCCACUUCUUCAGCGACCAGCCAUUGCAGGGGGCAGCCCUAGCAGAGUUACAGAUGAACGGACAUCUCUGGAGCAUGUGUGCAGUGCCUGCGCUGUGCCAAGUGGCCUGCCUCUGCCUCCACAGUCUGCUCCCAGGCAGCUCUCCAGGCCAGUCUGCAGCCCUCCUGCCCACUGUGACUCAGAGCUACAUGCAGAUGGUGCUCGCCCUCAGUACCCAUAAGUACGUGCCUCCUGACUCCCUGCUGAGCCUCAGUGAGGUGGCCCUGAGGGGCUUGGAGGCUGGGAAGGUUAUCUUCUUUGCAGGAGACAUCCCCCCACCCACGAUAGCUUUUGGGGCUGCCCUUGGCCUGCUGACCUCCUUCUGUGUCUGCAUAGGCCCCAAGCACCAGGAGACAGGCUAUGCCUUCACCCACCUCAGCCUGCAGGAGUUUUUUGCUGCCCUGUACCUAAUGGCCAGCCCCAAGGUGGACAAAGACACACUCACCCGCCAUAUCACCCUCCAUUCUCGUUGGGUGCUGCGGACCAAAGCUCGACUGGGCCUCUUAGAACAUCUGCCCACCUUCCUGGCAGGCCUGGCAUCCUGCACUUGCCGUCCCUUCCUCAGCCACCUGGCACAACAGCAUGAGGCAUGGGUGGGCACCAAACAGGCUGCCGUCACGCAAGCACUGGGGAAGUUGGCCACCCGCAGGCUCACGGGGCCAAAGAUUAUUGAACUGUGUCACUGUGUGGGUGAGAGCCAGGAGCCUGAGCUGGCACGCCUCAUGGCCCAAAGCCUCCCCAGUCAACUGUGCUUCCACAAUUUCCUGAUGACCCACACUGACCUGGCUGCCCUGACCAACAUCCUGGGGCACAGGGAUACCCCCAUACACCUGGAUUUUGAGGGCUGCCCCCUGGAGCCCCGCUGUCCUGAGGCCUUGGAAGGCUGUGGGCAGAUAGAGAAUCUCAGCUUUAAGAGCAGGAAGUGUGGGGACGCCUUUGCAGAAGCCCUUUCCAGGAGCUUGCCGACAAUGGGGAGCCUGAAGAAGCUGGGGUUAACAGGAAGUAAGAUCACUGCCCGAGGCAUCAGCCACCUGGUGCAGGCUUUGCCUCUCUGCCCACAGCUGGAGGAGGUCAGUUUUCAGGACAACCAGCUCAAGGACUCAGAGGUGCUGAACAUCGUGGAGGUACUCCCUUGCCUGCCACAGCUUCAGAAACUUGACCUGAGCCGCAACAGUGUCUCCGUGUCAACCAUACUCUGCUUGGCAAAGGUGGCAGUCACGUGCCCUACUGUCAGGAUGCUGCAGGUCAGGAAAGCAGACCUCAUCUUCCUUCUCUCCCCAACCAAGGACACAGCUGUAGAGCAACAUGGAGCUGCAGACCAACAGGGAAAUGCCAGCCAGAGGGAGGAAGCUCCGAGUAGAAGCCUGACACUCAGGCUCCAGAACUGUCAGCUCAGAGCCCACGACGUGGAGGUACUCAUAGCCCAGCUCCGGAACGGCCCCUACCUGGAGGACGUGGACCUCUCAGGGAACCAGCUGAAAGAUGAAGGCUGUCUACUGAUGGCAGAGGCUGCACCCCACCUGCACAUUGCCAAGAAGCUGGACCUCAGCGACAACGGGCUCUCAGUGGCCGGAGUGCACGGUGUGCUGAGCGCGGUGAGCACGUGUCGGACCGCGGCAGAGCUUCACAUCAGCCUGCUGCACAAAACCGCAGUCCUAACGUUUGCCCCAGAGCCAGAGGAGCAGGAGAGGCUCCAGGACAGGGCUGCAUUUCUUGACAGCUUUAUGAGCCAGAUGCCUUCAGAGCUACCCCUGUCCUCCCCAAGGAUCAGGCUGACACACUGUGGCCUGCAGGCCAGGCAUCUGGAGCAGCUCUGCAAGGCUCUGGGAGGGAGCUGCCACCUCGGUCACCUCGACCUGUCAGGCAAUGCUCUGGGGGACGAAGGCGUGGCCCAGCUGGCUCAGCGGCUCCCAGGGCUGGGCGCUCUGCAGUCCUUGAACCUCAGUGAGAACGGCUCGUCCCAGGAUGUUGUGUUCAGCCUGGCCCAGUGCUUCUCUGCUCUGCAGUGGGCUCUCCACUUGGACAUCAGCUCCAGGAGCCAACACAUCGUCCUGACAGGGGAUAGAAGAGGCAGGGAUCUGUUGGCUGGCGGAUCUUUGCCAGACUCCCCAGCUGGAGCCCAGUUCUUGGACUUUGGUCUGCACAGAAUCCCCAGGAGCUUCUGCCUCAGGGAGUGUCAGCUGGAGCCCCUGAGCCUCACCCGACUCUGUGAGACUCUGGAGAAGUGCCCUGGGCCGCUGGAAGUCAAAUUGUCCUGCGAGGUUCUGAGUGACCAGAGCCUGGAGACCCUGCUCCACCACUUGCCGCGCCUCCCGCAGCUAAGCCUCCUGCAGCUGAGCCAGACAAGACUGUCCGCAAACAGCCUCUUCCUGCUGGCCGAUCUCUUCAGCCUGUGCCCACGGGUUCAGAAGGUGGACCUCAGGUCCCUACAUCACGUGACCCUGCACUUCAAGUCUGGCAAGGAACAGGAAGGCGGGUGCUGUGUCAGGUUCAAGGGCUGUGACCUUGGCCAGGAGCACGUGAAGCCGCUGUGCUGGCUGCUGAGCAAGUGUGAAGACCUCAGCCAGCUGGACCUCUCAGCAAAUGUGCUGGGGGAUGAUGGGUUCAGGUGCCUCCUGGAAUGCCUCCCUCUGGUGCCCAUCUCCGGUUGGCUUGAUCUCAGUCACAACAGCAUCUCUCAGGAAAGUGCCCUGUGCCUGGUGGAGACUCUCCCCUCCUACCCACGUGUCCGUGAGGCCUCGGUCAACCUGGGCUCCAAGCAGAGCUUCUGGAUCCACUUCUCCAGACAGGAGGAGGCUGGAAAGACACUGAGGCUGAGCGAGUGCCACCUCAAGCCAGAGCAUGUGCCCAGACUGGCCGAGGGCCUACACCAGGCCACGCAGCUGACAGAGCUAACGCUGACCCAGUGCUGCCUGGAACUGGAGCAGCUGACCGUCCUCUUAAGUCUGGUGAGGCGGCCAGUGGGGCUGCUGAAUCUCAGAGUGGAAGAGCCAUGGGUGGGCAAAGCCAGAUUGCUCACCCUGCUAGAAGUCUGCACCCAGGCCUCAGGCAACAUCACUGAAAUAAGCAUUUCCAAGACUCAGCAGCAGCUCUGUAUCCAGUUGGAGUUUCCCAGUCAGGAGAACCCAGAGGCCAUGGCCCUCAGGUUGGCUCACUGUGACCUUGGGACCCACCACAACCUUCUUGUUGGGCAGCUGACAGAGACAUGUGCCAGGCUGCGGCAGCUCAGCUUGUCCCAGGUGAACCUCUGCGAUGACAGCUCCCUGCUGCUGCAAAGCCUCCUGCUGUCCCUCUCUGAGCUGAAGAAAUUCCGGCUGACCUCCAGCUACGUGAGCUCCAAGGGCCUGGAGCACCUGGCAUCUGGUCUGAGCCACUGCCACCACCUGGAGGAGCUGGACUUGUCUAACAAUCAAUUUGGUGAAGAAGACACCAAGGUGCUGAUGGAGGCCCUUGAGGGCAAGUGCUGUCUGAAGAGGCUUGAUCUCAGCCACCUCCCACUGGGCAGCUACUCCCUGGCCAUGCUCACUCAAGGACUAAGCCACAUGACCCUCCUGCAGAGCCUCCGUCUGAGCAGGAACAACCUUGGUGAUGUCGGCUGCUGCCACCUUUCUGAGGCUCUCAGAGCUGCCACCAGCUUGGAGGAACUGGGCUUGAGCCACAACCAAAUCGGAGAUGCUGGUGCCCAGCACGUAGCUGCCAUCCUACUGGGUCUGCCCAAGCUCAGGAAGCUUGACCUCUCAGCAAAUGGCAUUGGCCCGGCUGGCGGAGCAUGGCUGGCGGAGCCUCUCACCCUUUGCAGGGACCUGGAAGAACUGAUGCUCGGCUGCAAUGCUCUAGGGGACUCCACAGCCCUGGGGCUGGCCCGGGGGCUGCCCCAACACUUGAGGGUCCUGCACCUGCCGUCCAGCCGUCUGGGCCCAGAAGGGGUGCUGAGCCUGGGCCAGGCCCUGGAUGGAUGUCCACAUGUGGAAGAAAUCAGUUUGGCAGAAAACAGCCUGGCUGGAGGGGUCCCACAUUUCUGUCAGGGGCUCCCACUGCUCAGGCAGAUCGACCUAGUUUCAUGUGAGAUUGAUAACCAGACUGCCAAGCCCCUGGCUGCCAGCUUCGUGCUCUGCCCGGCUCUAGAAGAAAUCUUGCUGUCCUGGAAUCUGCUUGGGGAUGAGGCGGCUGCUGAGCUGGCUCAGAUCCUGCCACAGAUGGGCCGGCUGAAGAGAAUGGACCUGGAGAAGAAUCAGAUCACAGCUCGUGGAGCCUGGCUCCUGGCUGAAGGGCUGGCCCAGGGGUCCGGCAUCCAAGUCAUCCGCCUCUGGAAUAAUCCCAUCCCUGCUAACAUGGCCCAGCGUCUGCAGAGCCAGGAGCCCAGGCUGGACUUUGCUUUCUUCGACAACCAGGCACAGACACCUUGGGGUACUUGAUGACUCUCAAGACUCUUCGAAUCCAGUCAACUGAAGCCAAAUUCCACCUACCAGUAUAGAGGGCUCAGGAAAAAUGCCUCAGCUGGGGGCCCCUGCAUGCUGCCCCAGGAGGGAGGGCCAUGUUUGUCCUGCUACAGUUCAGAGAAGACUUUUUUGGGGACCAGGAGCCUAGUAUGGCCAAUAGACUACCUUACAUCACAUAUGAAAGGCAUGACCAACUGGGGUCAUGUGGCACAAUGAGGGUGUCAUGAUGUGAUGCAUGACGCAGAAAGUCACACAUGGCCAAGUCACAUGUGACAUUAAAUGGAACUAGCAGUGUGGCCUGUUCAUGGGUCAGUGGCAUGGACCCUAGCACCACAUGUGGCAGGAUACAUGAUUGGUGGCCCAUAUAUGACAUGUAACAGAUGUCCAUGUCAUAUGGCAUGUGGCUGGCCAGAUGCCCUCAUGGUGGUCCAAGACCUAAUUUAUUACUUUUUAAAACCAGUAUAUAUUUAUAGAUUACAUUUCCAGAGCAGCUAAGCCAGGCAAUGUCUUCCACCCAGAACUGAGGUGGGAAGAGUGUCCAAGCACUGACCAGCCCAGAGGCCUAAGGCCUAAGGUUCUGGGCCAAGGCGGGGACUCAGCUAUGAGACUUCUGAAUGAACCACUCCUGCCUAAAGCCUCAGUUUUGCCAUCUGCAAGCUGGGUGCCCCCCUUCCCCUUAAAUGCUAGCUUCCAAGGACUUUGGGCCCAGGUCCACGUAGAGCCAGUCUCAUCUUGGGAAUGGACAGGCCUGGUCUGUCCUGUGUAAGAGACAAAGCCAGGUCUAAGGGGGCAGGGUGAGCACUGCCAAAAUAAUCAGGCAAGGCCACUGGGUGCAGCCACUACCUCAGCAGGAUCGGAGAGCUCCCAGAGGCUGCACCUGUUAGUGUUCUUGCUCCUUUCAAAAGGGCCCAAGGAUGACUCUGCUCCGCUCAGCCAAGUCUGACCAGUAAAAUGUGGAUGCCCUUCCAGCUGCUAGCCUGAGUCUGAUGUGUCCCUCUGUCUCACCGUGGUCAGAAGUGCUCACCCCUGCCCUGGGCACUGGAGAGCAGACCAGACCCCAGAGAGGUGUGCUGAGAGGAGCACUGGUCUGGGGGUCAGGAGACAUGGGGCCACGUCCAGACCCCGUCUCUGUGUGGUCAUGGGGUCAUGGACAAGUCAUCUCCUCUCUCUGGACCUCACCUGAACCAUGAGGGUAUUAUAAAGCUCAAAGUGUUAGAAA